AUGCUGACAAUCCACAUGCCACUCGACCCAGCUGAUUCAAAAAAGAAUGGUGAAAUGACACCAAAGAGUUUCAGAACGUCUGUUUCUCGUUCUAUAGGAAAGCUCUCUGAUCUCUUUGAACGUUCCCGAGACUCCAUCCACCAAAAGUUCGCCGAUGAGUCUGUGUCCACUGUGAUUCUUGGUAAGUUGGUUCAACUAACAACAGAGAAAUUUGAAUUUGGAGAAAUCCUUUCCCUCUUUGAAGAAAUGAAAUACAUUCUAAUUGAAGACGAAAACGAAGUUUUUACUAACAACUUUAGACGGGUUGUAUGGAGAAUGGACGACGAAAAAAGACUUGUUUUGGAGGCAAUUGUGAAGAAAAUGAUCGAGUUCAAAGAACCAGCAAAACGACUCAUGUUUUUAGUGUUUGACAGAACCCACACCCUUCUCCCAAAGUGUGAGGAAUUUGCCAAUUACAUUAUGACUAAGUGUAAAGAUGUUUUUGCAAUUGAAGGCGAUCCAGUCUAUUCGAUAUAUGACGGUACUGUUGCUGUGUCUAAAGACGAGUUUUAUAACAUGUUAUUUGACCCUUAUGCCUCAGAGUCUUUGAUUAAGACCUUUGUAUACACACAACCACUCUUUUGCACACUAGAAGAGGCCAUUCAAAGUAUUUUGAAGAACCACAACUUGAUCGAAAACUUGAAGAAGAGUAUGGAGGUUCCACUUAACUUUACAAGACUUGUUGUUUCAAGAGCAGAAAAAGUGAUCAUCCCUUUUGUAUCAACACAUUCGGGAGAGCUUCCUCUCACUUUGAAAAACCAAUUAAAAACGCUUGAGAGUGACAUAUACUCCACUGAGUUUGUCAAAGAAAUUGAAGUCUUACUUGGUGGUGCAGAGUCUUCAAGUUUGGGGAAGUCAGUUCUUUGCGUCAUAAAGAAGAAAGUUGAAGACAAACAGAACAUGGUGGUCUCAAGACUGGACCAAAAAGGUACAAUUAAAAUAUUAAGUCAAUGCGAGGAGUACUCCAAAUUGGUAGACUACAAUUAUAAGACACUUGCCGAACAACUUGUUGUCUACGACUAUGAAUUGUUCAAGAAAGUUGGUUACAAAGACUUCCUUGAGGGGUGCGAGUCCCCAACGUUUAAAAGAUAUUUGGACAGACUUAAUAAGCUAGAAGAGUUCUUUGUCUCGAAGAUGAUGACUAAAGAAGAUUUUGCGUACUUCAUUAAUGUGUGUGACAAGUGUUUGGAAAUACGAGACUUCAAUAUGGCGUAUUUACUCUUCACGUCUAUUGUAAAGCAGUCAUUGAGUGUCCAGACUGAAUUUGAAAAAAUAUCAAAGAACAAAAAGGCGAAGUAUGAGAAGAUCUAUGAACUCUUUUCAAUACACAAAAACAUGGCAAACUAUAGAAACGCACUUAAACUGGUCGAAGAGACAUCACACCUCCCAAUUGUUGCCAUUUUUUUAAAAGACUUUGUUGUUCUUAACGAACUCAAAACUAUUGUUAAUACUAAACUAAACUAUUUGAAGCUGAAAAACUUUGCAGUCGCUAUAGACAGAAUGUACAUCGCCAAGAGAAGAAACUUUUCACUCUCUUCAAACCAUACCGCACAGACACUUCUCGCCAAUUUGUAA